AUGAAUCGACCUGAUGUUCAUCUAUUAGAUCUACCUAAUGAGAUAUUACUUAUCAUUCUGAAAAAAUUGAACAAUAUUUAUGUUCUUUAUUCAUUAUUGAACAUUGAUAAUGAACGACUGAACAUUCUAGCACCAGAAAAAUCCUUCAGUAACACUCUCGAUUUUCUGUCCAUUGACAAUACUUUUUCAACUAAUCAGCGCAAAAUUGAUCAAUUUUGCAUCGAUAUAUUGCCAAAAAUUCAUCAGAAUGUGAAAUGUUUCAUUCUUGAACCAGUUUCAAUGGAACGUAUUCUUCUUGCCGUCGACUAUCCAAAUCUAACUGAACUCAAACUUUUUAAUUUCAAACGAGAAAUCGCUUUAUCUUAUUUUACAAAUGAAUCAUCUCUUCAACAUAUCUUCCAACAACAAAUUACAAAUCUUAUUCUUAUAAAUAAUGACAAAGAGAAAAUGAUAGGAUCAUUAAGAAAUUAUACUAUAAAUGUGUAUGGACAUAUUUUGAAGUUCUUUAAAAAUUUAACACAUUUGAGUAUUAUUGAAGGAUUCAAUUCGUCAUAUCCAGGCUUGAUACUUGAUGAUUUAUCAUCGAUUACUUUCUUCUCUUCAACUCUUACUCAUUUAUGUAUCAAUACGUACAAUUUAGAUGAUUGUCUUUAUUUACUUGAUGGUCGAUUCAAACAAUUAACUGCAUUAAUUGUUCGAAUACAAUAUAUACACUUUUCAUCAAUUGUUCACAACAUGGUAAGUUUUAACAAAUAA